CGUUUACAUUCUGUUCUCGACGUCGCGUUCAUUGUGGGGAGCCAUUACCCUCGUCCGCGCUAAGCAUCGUGCCAUAUUCCCAUUCGCGCCCUAAUACUAACAACAUUCUCGUAGUUUUAAGUGAAAUAUUAUGAGAGUGAAGACCGACAUGGACGACGACGAAAAGGGAAAGUUGUUUGUUGGUGGUUUGUCCUGGGAGACAACACAAGAAGGCCUGCAACGCUACUUUGGCCGCUAUGGUGAAGUAAUUGACUGCGUUGUUAUGAAAAAUAGUGAAUCUGGCCGUAGUCGUGGAUUUGGAUUUGUAACAUUUAGCGAUCCAGCCAAUGUCCCUUUGGUUCUUCAGAAUGGACCGCAUCAGCUUGAUGGGCGCACAAUUGAUCCAAAACCUUGUAAUCCACGUACCCAACAAAAGCCAAAACGCAGUGGAGGCUUUCCAAAAGUUUUCCUUGGUGGAUUACCAAGUAAUGUAACAGAAACAGAUUUAAGGACCUUCUUUAACCGUUAUGGCAAGGUUAUGGAGGUUGUCAUAAUGUAUGACCAAGAAAAGAAGAAAUCAAGAGGAUUUGGCUUCCUCAGCUUCGAGGAUGAAGAUGCGGUGGACCGAUGUGUAGCGGAGCAUUUCGUCAACUUGAACGGAAAACAGGUUGAAAUCAAACGCGCAGAACCACGAGAUUCUUCGAGUAAAAUGAAUGAUAGUCAUCAAGGUCAAUGGGGUCCACCUCAACAAGGUGGACCUCCAAUGGGAAUGGCUGGGAAUAUGGGACCUAUGGGUGGUCCAAACGGACAAAUGGGUGGACCUAUGAUGGGUGGCCCGAUGGGUCCACCAGGAAACAUGAUGCAACAGUAUCAGGGUUGGGGUACAAGUCCUCAGACUGGUGGAUACGCUGGGUACACUACUCAGUAUAAUUCUCAGGGUUGGGGUGCACCUCCUGGCCCUCCUCAACAACAACAAAUUCCACCACCACCACAUCAUCAAUGGGGUAGCAGUUACAAUGUUCAACCGGCAGCAGCUACUCAAGGCUAUGGAAGUUACGGUGGGCCGGCGGCGGCCGCUUCAGGGGGCUAUGGGCCCACAGCGGGUACUGGCGGGGCUGCGGGGGGCGGUCCCGGGGGUUCCUGGAACUCCUGGAACAUGCCACAGAACGGGCCCCCACCUGGGACCCAGCCACCACCUCAGCCUCCUCAGCCUAACUCCUCGCAGCCCAACUCCAACUCGAACCCCUCUGGCCCGCAGGGUGACAUGUAUUCGCGACAGACCACCGGGUCAGGUGCGCCUGGGUCCAGUAGCAGUUCAGCUAAGACUCCGGAUUAUGCUGGCUAUGGUUCCGCAUAUGGUAAUUACGCUGACACCAGUUAUCCACAGCGUUCGUAUCAAGCCGGAGAAAGCAACCAAGACACUCCGAUCCCAAAGUUCAAAAACACCGAAACUGGAAGCCCGACCUUCAUCCCGAACGGAGACGCAGCCCCGGGUCCCCAACGAUUCUCCCUAACCCAGCACACGAAUUAUCAUCCCUAUAGGCGCUAAAGAGCUCUAGAAAUCAUUAAAAACAAUUAAUAGAGAGGAGAGAUGUUGGCAGCGUCUUCACGGCGAAGGAUGAAUCAGGUGAAAAGCGUGACGAGAACGAUGAACCGAAGGUGUGGCCAUCAUCUUGCUUCCCUAUGUUCGAAAAAAAUGACCCGGCACCAUCCAGUUUUGACCAUCUAAUUUCGUACGAAAAAUUGACUUUUAUAGAGGUCGUAUUUUUUUCUCACCCCUCUUUUUUCCUUUUCUUUUUUUUUUUUAUUUUUCACUCGUUCCGAUCGAACGACGAUCCCGUAAGAUGAUUUAUUUACAAUUAAGGAAUUGUAUAAGUUACGUGCAAGUGAUGGCGUGUAAGCAAGCGUCCUUUUUUUUUUUUUUUUACAAAUUAAGGUACUUAUUUAAGGCCUCCGACUUAGAUCCAUUAUUUAAGAUACUAUAAUUAAAUUUUACUAUUGAACCUUUUUUUUUUAAUCGUUAGCUUUGUAACGUCUAAGGUAUUUCUUUCUUUUUUCUUUCCAUAUUAUUAUUACAUUUUUUUAAUAUAUACGUGUAGAAUUAUGGAGACGAAAUCAUGACAUUGAGGAUAGAAUUAUUUAAGAACCUACCGUGCUGCGAAAUUCAGAGUAAUUUCUUUUUUUCAUUUUCCAUCGCGAUACGUGUAACUAUUAUUUCGAGAUUCAAGAAUGCCUUUUUGGUUUAGCAAUUGAUUACGAUUAAAUUUUCAUUCAACUGCGUCCGUCCAUCGUUCGAACGAGAUUUCUCAGACGUGCGCGUUUAAAUUCGUGUUCGUGUUGCAGCCAUACUUCCCCGUACUGUUGGCUGAAUACUCGAUAACUUCGAGAAUUUCGUUUGUCCGUCUCGAAGCUGGCCGAUACUCGUGAUACAUAGUAUUUAAGUGUUUUUUAUAGUAAUUAUUAAGGCCGUGAUAUAAGGAAAUAAAUUUUGUACUGAAAAUUGUAAUACAAAUAUAGGAAGAGAGAGAGAGUGAGAGGAGAGAGAGAAAUAUUAACAUAGUUAAACAUUUUUGGUAUUAUUUUCUACGGUUAAGUCGCCGGUGUGUUUAGUCGAUAAGCCCUACGAUUAAGAUUAUUAAGGACGUAAUAUAAGCUUUUCCUACUUGCACGUUACGUGACAUAGUUUUUAUACACUUUAUUUCUUCCUGCACGAUACGUUUUCCAUUUUUCUUUUGUAUUAAGUGGUUGCAUAUCAGAUGGCCGAUUUCGAAACGAAACGUCUGAUAUGAUUUGAUGAUAUAAAAGUAAAAGCAACGAGCCAAGGAUUUGUGGUGGUUAUUUUUAUCAAAUUCAUAUUCCAUAAGUGCUAUUUUAUAACACUUUUCUGUCAUCAAAUCAUAUGAGACUUUGUGUCUUCUAAAAUAAGCCAUUUGACAUGCAACACUAUAAUACAUUAAUCAAAGAAAAUAAUUUGGACUAAUUCUAGUAGAUCGACGAACUUAAUACACGUAUCAUGUUUCUUUACAAA